UGGGAGUUGAUUUUUUUUUCUUUUUAUCAGUAACCUUGCUAAACAUGAUCUGGUCAAAGUGCACUGCGUCGAACCGCAGAAAGCCGUGUGUGCUCAUCCAUUCAAAUUAGCCUCGGGAUAAGCUCUGAGAAGAUUCCAAGGAUGACUAAAGAAAAAACUCCACUGAAGGAGUUUUUAGAGGCGUCAAGUGUUCUGCAAUGGGUGCUAAGCUUUCUCUUCCUAGGAGUGGCCUGCAUGAUCUUGAUGGUGUAUCUUAUGUUUACCUCUCUGUGGCCGCUGCCCACUCUGUACUUCGUGUGGCUGGUGUUGGACUGGCAAACCCCUGAGAAAGGGGGCAGGAAAACUAGAUUUGUGAGGACGUGGAGGGUAUGGGAACACUUCCGAGACUUCUUCCCAGUUAAACUGGUGAAGACGGUGGAGCUGGACCCAAACCGGAACUACGUCCUGGGCAGCCACCCUCACGGCAUCAUGUGCAUGGGGGCCUUCGCCUGCUUCAGCACCGACAGCUGCGGCUUCAGCGACACGUUUCCCGGGAUGCGAGUCACGCUGGCCAUCCUGGCCGGCCUCUUCAAGAUCCCCAUCUUCAGGGAAUACUUACUGUGCGGAGGCAUUUGUCCAGUCAGCAAGCCGAGCCUCGUCCACCUCCUGUCCAAGAGCGGCAGCGGCAAUGCGGUGGUGAUCGUGGUAGGGGGCGCUAAGGAGUCCCUGGCCUCCUCCCCCGGAGUCCACACGGUGGUCAUGAAGCACAGGAAGGGCUUCGUCAGGGUGGCCCUCGAGUUUGGAGCUGAUCUGGUGCCCGUUUACACUUUCGGGGAGAAUGAACUGUUCAGGCAGUUGAUCUUCUCGGAGGGCAGUCUGGGUCGCAGGCUGCAGGACCUGUUCAAAAAGGUCAUGGGCUUCGCCCCGUGUCUCUUUGUGGGGGAGCGAUUCGGAUUCCUCCCCUACAAGACGGCGGUCACGACUGUCGUGGGGAGCCCGGUGUCGGUGAGGAAGUGCUCCAGCCCGACGGAGGACGAGGUCGACCACUACCACAGACUCUACAUGGAGGCCUUGACCACAUUAUUCCACCAACACAAAGUCAGCUGUGGGCUUUCGGAAAGCCACCAGCUGAGGAUCAUUUAGACGCUCCUCUUUAACGUCAACGCCAUUGAUGUUUGGACUUUAUGUUCAAAAGUGACUUCAUAUGGUUCCAUGUAUGUACCAACGAACAAACAUCCUCUCAUCAGGAGAACGCGAUGACGAGGAGAGAACAUUUUUGAGAAGUCAUCACUGCUGCAGUGUUAUAUUGUUUCACCCCCAGUGUGUAAAGUAUUAUUGCUUUGUCUCUGAUGAAAAUGGCCACAAACGCUCCUGCAGAAUCUAAUCUGAAGUGUUUAAUUAACAAUAAGUAUUGAAGAACAUUUCCUACACC